UCCAGGUACCUGUUCCUCUCUUGCAGUGAGACAGGUCAAGAAACGCCAGAGAAAACACAUCACCUCCUUGCGUGUAAAGGCAACAACUUCAUCGCUUGCAGAAUUGGUGUACAGAGACUAUUGAAAAGAGGAAGAAAUGGAAUUCAGAGGCAAGACCCAUCUCAAACUGAAGGCCAAGAAGAAUGCCUUGUCCCAAUUAAUGGAUUCUGACAUGGAUUAUGAAAGGCCAAACGUAGAAACUAUCAAGUGCGUCGUGGUUGGGGACAACGCAGUGGGCAAGACCCGGCUCAUUUGCGCCCGUGCGUGUAAUGCCACGCUGACUCAGUACCAGCUUCUUGCCACUCACGUGCCCACGGUCUGGGCCAUUGAUCAGUAUCGUGUUUGCCAAGAGGUAUUGGAGCGCUCCCGAGAUGUGGUUGAUGACGUUAGUGUUUCCUUGAGGCUUUGGGAUACAUUUGGGGACCAUCACAAGGACAGACGAUUCGCUUAUGGAAGAUCUGAUGUUGUAGUAUUAUGCUUCUCCAUCGCUAACCCCAACUCCCUGCACCACGUGAAGACCAUGUGGUACCCUGAGAUUAAGCACUUCUGCCCCCGAGCUCCUGUCAUCCUUGUGGGCUGCCAACUUGACCUUCGCUAUGCAGAUCUGGAAGCUGUCAAUCGGGCCAGGAGACCCUUAGCCAGACCAAUCAAACCCAAUGAAAUUCUGCCCCCGGAGAAGGGCCGAGAGGUGGCCAAAGAGCUGGGAAUCCCCUAUUAUGAGACCAGCGUAGUUGCCCAAUUUGGCAUCAAGGAUGUCUUUGACAAUGCCAUCCGAGCUGCCCUCAUCUCCCGCCGGCACCUCCAAUUCUGGAAGUCCCACCUACGUAACGUACAGAGGCCAUUGCUCCAGGCCCCGUUUUUGCCCCCCAAGCCACCCCCACCCAUCAUCGUCGUCCCUGACCCUCCUUCUAACAACGAAGAGCGCCCAGCCCACCUCUUGGAGGACCCUUUGUGUGCAGACGUCAUCCUGGUGCUGCAAGAGAGAAUCAAAAUCUACGCGCACAAGAUCUACCUCUCCACCUCCUCCUCUAAGUUCUACGACUUGUUCUUAAUGGACCUGAGUGAAGAGGACCAGCAGGGGACGAUGGGAAGCAGCGCCGGGACGGGUGUUGCUGAGCGGACGCUCCAUCAGGAGCGGCAUCACCAUGGGCGGGAAUUCCUCUUGAGAGCGGUGAGCUUCGAUAUCUGCGAGAGUGCCGAGGAAGCCAGCUCCGGCCAGCAGAAACCGUGCCUUAGAGCCUCCACCAGCGACGGGAUCUUGCGGGGCAAGAACUACGGGGAACGAGGGCUAAAGCGGGGGAGGAUCCUCUCCUCAUGGAGCCGUGCCUUUGUCAGCAUCCAGGAGGAGAUGGCGGAUGACCCCGUGACGUACAAACCCCGACUGAUGGUGGUGGUGAAGAUGGACCCUUCCAUCCAACUGGGGCCCUUCAGGGCUGUGCUGAAGUACCUGUACACCGGGGAGCUGGACGAGAAUGAGCGGGACCUCAUGCAUAUCGCCCACAUCGCAGAGCUGCUGGAAGUCUUUGACCUCAGGAUGAUGGUGGCCAACAUUUUGAACAACGAGGCAUUCAUGAACCAGGAGAUUACCAAAGCCUUCCACGUCAGGAGGACCAACCGGGUUAAGGAGUGUUUGGCCAAGGGAACGUUUUCCGAUGUCACCUUUAUCCUGGAUGACGGUACUAUCAGUGCCCACAAGCCCUUGCUAAUCUCCAGUUGUGACUGGAUGGCUGCUAUGUUUGGGGGUCCAUUUGUGGAGAGCUCAACCCAAGAGGUGGUGUUACCUUACACCAGCAAGAGCUGCAUGCGAGCGGUGCUUGAAUACCUGUACACGGGCCAGUUUUGUUCCACAUCAGACCUGGAUUACAUGAAGCUUAUUAUCCUGGCUAACCGCCUGUGUCUGCCUCACCUGGUUGCACUCACAGAGCAGUUCACAGUGUCUGGUCUGAUGGAAGCAACUCAGAUGUUUGUGGACAUUGAUGGUGACGUCCUUGUGUUCCUGGAGCUUGCUCAGUUCCAUGGUGCCUACCAGCUUGCCGACUGGUGCCUCCAUCACAUCUGCACCAACUACAACAACAUCUGUCGCAAGUUCCCUCGUGAGAUGAAAGCCAUGUCAGCAGAGAACCAAGACUACUUUGAGAAGCAUCGCUGGCCCCCAGUCUGGUACUUGAAGGAGGAGGAUCACUAUCAGAGAGCCCGGAAAGAACGCGAGAAGGAAGACUACCUCCACCAGAAGCGGCAGCCUAAGAGGAGAUGGCUCUUCUGGAAUGCCUCUUCCCCUUCGCAGUCGCCUUCCUCUUCAGCGGCCACGGCGUCCUCCUCCUCGUCCUCCUCCUCGUCCGCUGUGGUUUGAGAGGUGCACUUUCCCACGCUUCAGUCUCUCUUGGAGGGAGGGAGCCGACCACCACCCCGAGCCAACAUCUGGCUCAACAGGCUUGGAGGGGGAGACAGAGAAAGGGGGGACACCACUAGCUCAAACCCCCAGUGGAGAAAAUGAGCAUGAAUAUCCCGGGGAGGCUGGUGCGAAUCUGUACAGGUGGAGCUCAGGAGCCGGAGCACCCUACAUCUCACCUAGAGCUCCAUGUGGCCCCGAUCCCUGCCUCAGCCAGCGUCUGCGCCCAGCGCCCAGAGGCCGCCCGGGGCGAUUUCUUUGCCAGCGGCUCGCUCAUCUAGCAGGACAAACCUCACGUUUACAGGAAUGCAAGAGGUUGUUUUCUUUUUUUAAAACACAAACCUGCCACGUGGAAAAUGCGGCAGUCAGUCCUGCUUAUUUUUUGAACGAAGUUUGUUUUUUCCUUUGCGAAAAGCAAAAAAAGAAGGAAGAAUGCGAUUGGAUGCUUCACGUUGUCCAUCCUCUGCACUGUAACAUUUCAAGCUGCUGUAAAUGCUACAUGCCCCAGGGCCUAUUUCUUUUGUUGUUGUUGUUCUCCUCGACUCCUUUGGAUAGCAAGGUGUGGCCGCAGUUUUUGUUGCACGUCUCCCUCGGGGUCCUAUCUCAAGGAUGUUUGCUUUACAGCAGGGCACGUAUCCUGGCGGGAGCAGCAGCAGCAGCAAACGGCAUGGAGCCUCCUCAUGGAAGGCAGGCCCCUGUGAAGAAAGUGCAGGCCAUCAGAAGCUCAGCUCCUGCACCGGGCCAAAGGUUGCAAGAGGAAAGGGCCCAGGAAGAGAGGAACCAGCUUGCCGAGGCUGGAAAGCUGCAUUUUUGUCCCUUUUCCUUUUUUUUGUUUUUAAAAAAAAGAUAUUUUGUUGUUGUUGAUAGCUUGCAACACAAUCAACCAGAACGACAGCAAGUUAAGAGGAAGGGUGGUGGGGUGGGGUGUGUGGAGGAGAUCUGUCUUGAAAUUUACUGCAUCUAAGGAAGACCGGGAACCUCUAGAAGUUGUCUCUUGUUUUUAACAAAACCAAUACACAGAAACUUGGGAUUUUAAGUGUGGAAGGUUCUGUUAUAAUAAAGGGUAUUUUCAAAAAGA